UUAUUUCUUUUUUUAAUCCGUUUAUUUUUCUUCGAGAAGAAAAUGAAAGCAAGACCGUGAGAAGAGACAUGCAGUGUCCUUUUCAGCACAUCCCUUUAUUGUAGCGCGUCUCUCCGUACUCCCAUUGGCUGAGGUCUGCCUCCUGGCACCACUUCUGAUUGGUUAUGGACACAUUUAGACCAGUCCCAUUUCAGUGUGAAAGUAAAUGUGUGGUGUAAAUGAACCUGUUAUGGAUGGCUGCCCGUUGGACAUGCAGUGUUUGUGCAAAGAGAAAUAUGUUCUGUCUGGAUGUUUCCUCCAUCUACUGAUGUUGCUCUUUAUCUUUCAUAUUAGCCAGCGUCUGUUGGCUUGGAAAAUUUGACCAUUAAAAUGUAUUUGGUCUUAUUUUGAGUGUAGAUAAAUACAUUCAAUAUUUAAUAAACCUAUGAAAGUUUAUUUUGCCAUGUUUUCUUUUUUGGAAAAUCAUGGUUGUUUGCAGUAACCAUCUGCGUCUAAUAUACAAUAUCUCUGCAAGCUUGUUACCACACUAUUCACAUGUGGGAAAAGGCAUUGGAAUAACCACGCAGAGCCAUUUGAGUGGGAUAUCUUGCUUGUAAAUGGCUGAGUUGCCCCUGGGUGGCAUGUAGUAGCAGCUGGCAGUUCAUUCUUUUGAUAAUUUUCUGCAUUUCUUCUCGCUGUCAGCGACAGGGGGAUAAACGGGUCCUGCUCUCUGUUUUCCUUCCUCACCAACUGCUGUCUGUAUAUUCUUCAAAAUGUGGAAUUUAUACUGACACCAGAAACUGUUUGGGUGUAUGCACGGAGCGAUGGGAGACAGUGCAGGGCUGCAGUUUGUCAGCUCCUAUGCUUUUGAAGCCAUGCAGAAGGUGGAUGUAGUGCGCCUGGCUGCGUUAAGUGAUCCGGAGCUGAGGCUGCUGCUGCCCUGCUUGGUGAGGAUGGCGUUAUGUGCCCCCGCUGAUCAGAGCGAGUCCUGGGCACAGGACAAGAAGCUUAUCCUCCGCCUGCUCUCUGGGGUUGAAGCCGUCAACUCCAUUGUAGCACUUUUGUCUGUUGACUUUCAUGCCUUGGAGCAGGACGCACGGAAGGAGCAGCAGCUUAGGCACAAGGCAGGUGGCUCUAAUGCAGAAAGCAUCCUGGUGUCACAGCUGCAGCACGGCCUAACUCUGGAGUUUGAACACAGUGAUCCCCUCAGGAGACUCCGUCUGACCCUCAGUGAGCUCCUGGCUAUCAUGAACAAGGUGGCAGACUCAAAUGGAGAGUUUUUCUUAAAGUCUUCUGAACUCUUUGAAAGUCCUGUGUACUUGGAAGAGGUCGCGGAUGUCCUCUGCAUUUUACAAGCAGAGCUGCCUUCGCUCCUGCCGAUCGUGGAUGUGGCCGAGGCUUUGCUUCACGUCCGCAAUGGUGACUGGUUUCUGUGUCUGCUGGUUGCCAAUGUUCCUGACAGCUUCAAUGAAGUGUGCAGAGGUCUGAUUAAGAAUGGAGAGCGUCAGGAUGAGGAGAGCGUAGGUGGGCGGCGCAGGACUGAAGCGCUCCGGCAGCUAUGUCAGAUGAAUCCCUCACAGGCUCUCAAUAUCCGGGCUAUGGUGGUGGAGGAGUGUCACCUGCCUGGUUUGGGUGUGGCUCUCACUCUGGAUUAUAAACCAGAUGCAGCAGAUGAGGCAGUCAGUCCUCUUGUGUCUUAUGUCAGCGGACUGCUGCUUGGCACCAAUAGCAAAGUCCGUACGUGGUUCAGUAUGUUCAUUCGCAAUGGACAACAGCGUAAGAGGGAAAGCAGCUCAGUGCUGUGGCAAAUGCGCAGACAGCUGCUGCUCGAGCUCGUUGCCAUCCUGCCGCGUUCACGCAGCACCCAUGUGCCCAAUAAUGGCGGCAUGGAGGAGGAAGGAGGCUCGGGGUACUCUGGCCUCAGAGAGGAGCACGUGGUAAAGGCCAGCGCCCUGCUCCGACUGUACUGCGCCCUCAUGGGUAUUGCAGGUCUCAGACCUACAGAUGAGGAAGCAGAGCAACUACUGCAGCUGAUGACCAGCCGGCCUCCUGCCACUCCUGCUGGCGUUCGGUUCGUCUCCUUGUCUUUCUGCAAACUGCUGGCCUUUCCUACUCUAGUCAGCACUCCAGAGCAAGAACAACUGAUGGUCAUGUGGCUCAGCUGGAUGAUCAAAGAGGAGGAAUACUUUGAAAGCGCCGCAGGCGUAUCUGCUUCUUUUGGAGAGAUGCUAUUACUGGUUGCCAUGUAUUUCCAUAGCAACCAGCUCAGCUCCAUUAUUGAGUUGGUGUGCUCUACUUUGGGGAUGAAGAUUGCCAUCAAGCCCAGCUCACUGAGCAAGAUGAAGACCAUCUUCACACAGGAGAUCUUCACUGAACAGGUGGUUACAGCUCAUGCAGUUAGGGUUGCAGUGACCAACAACCUAAGUGCCAACAUCACAGGAUUUCUUCCCAUUCACUGCAUCUACCAGCUGCUUCGGAGCCGAGCCUUCACCAAGCACAAAGUGUCUAUUAAGGACUGGAUCUAUCGCCAACUCUGUGAGACGACAACACCCAUCCACACCCAACUUAUUCCCCUAAUUGAUGCUUAUAUCAACUCCAUCCUUACUCCAGCUUCCAAGGCAAACCCAGAGGCCACCAACCAGCCAAUCACAGAGCAGGAAAUCCUCAUUGUCUUCCUGAGCUCUGCAGGACAAGCGGAUGGUAGUCGAGCAGGACGGCAGCGCUACUCUAUAACCACCCAACUGCUUAUCCUGUACUACAUCCUGUCUUAUGAGGAGAACCUGUUGGCUAGCACCAAACAGCUGGCCCUGAUGCAGAAGAAGCCAAAAUCCUACUCUGCAGCCCUGAUGGACCAGAUCCCCAUUAAGUACUUAGUUACCCAGGCCCAAGGGCUGCAGCAGGAACUCGGGGGUCUGCAUUCGGCCCUACUGAGACUGCUUGCAACCAACUACCCACAUUUAUGCCUUGUGGAGGACUGGGUGUGUGCGGAGGAGGUGACCGGUACCCUGCCCCUGUUGAGGAAGAUGAUGCUUCCCAGCAACACCUGUAGAUACACCCAGAGACAGCUUCACCAGGCCUUCCAGAAGUUGCCAUCAGGUAGUCCCAGGCUGAUGCGUAUCCUGGAACAUUUAACACUGCUUUCACCUGGAGACCUGAUCCCUUAUGCGGAGGCCCUCACAGCCAGCAUGGCUCUGCUGCUGGAGCCUGCUGUGCCUCGUCGUAUACUACAGACCGUCAACAAGCUCUGGAUGGGUCUGAACACCGUGAUGCCCCGCAGGCUGUGGGUGAUGACGGUAAACGCCCUCCAACCUUCAGCGAAGCUGCUCAGGCAGCAGAGGUACACCCAGAAUGACCUGAUGGUCGAUCCUCUCAUCGUGCUGCGCUGUGAUCAGAGAGUAUACAGGUGUCCUCCUUUGAUGGACAUUGUCCUUCACAUGCUGAAUGGCUACCUGCUGGCCUCGAAAGCCUACCUACAAUGUCACCUGAAGGAGACGGCCGACUUUGAUCGACAGAGCCAGACUGUGUCGAGCCUCGGUGUGCCGGGACAACCAGAUACGCCGGAGGUCACCAGGGAGGAGCUAAAGAACGCUCUUUUAUCUGCGCAGGACAGCGCAGCAGUGCAGAUUCUUCUGGAGGUGUGCCUGCCAACCUCUGAAGAGCAGCAGCUGGGGGCCACCACAGACAGCCUGUUGAGGAGCAUUCGGGGCCCCGUGCCAGGGAAAUCGAAACAGGGAAGCCUGGGGCCUGCAGCCAAGGGGGGCGUGGAGGCUGCGGAGCCAGAGGGAGGUUUGCUCAGUGAUUUGAGGGAGGUGCAGUGUCUCAUCUGUUGUCUGCUGCAUCAAAUGUUCAUCGCCGACCCCAACAUUGCCAAGUUGGUCCACUUUCAGGGUUACCCUCAAGCUCUGCUGCCUCUAACUGUGGCAGGCAUUCCCUCCAUCCAUAUCUGUCUGGACUUCAUCCCAGAGCUGCUGGCCCAGCCCCAGCUGGAAAAGCAGAUCUUUGCAAUCCAGUUGCUAUCAUAUCUGUGCACCCAGUACGCCCUACCCAAGUCCCUGAGUGUGGCCAGGUUGGCCAUCAGUGUCAUGGGUACACUUCUUACAGUGCUGACUCGUGCCAAGCGGUUCCUCUUCUUCAUGCCCACCCUGCCAUGCCUGGUGGCUUUCUGCCAGGCGUUCCCUCCACUCUACGAUGACGUGGCAGCUCUCUUAGUACAAGUGGGCCAGGUUUGUUCUUCGGACGUGGCCACCAAAGCUCGGGACAUCGAUCCUUUUAUCGCGCGCUUGCAGUAUCUUAAGGAGAAACCACUGGAGGCUGUGGUCUCAGGAGGACACCCCUGCAAGCUGACUCUACCCCAGAAGACAGCAGAGGAGCUGGGUGGGGCUGACCCUGAUGUCCAGCUCUGUUACUGCAUAGAGGCCACCUUCAUGGACAUUAUCAGCUGCACCCUUCACGGACUAUAGAGCAAACACACACAGAGACUCUGGAUGGUUCAAAGGGACUUGACUAAACCAACAACUCCAAACACUCUGUGUUCAUGGGCUCUGUGAUGAUUUGUAGAAAUCAAAAUGUUUUGGGGGGUUUUUCUUCGACCUCUGUAAGCAUAUUUUUUUAACUUUAAGUGCUACGACCUUUUUUUCUCAGGCACUGAAAAAAAUGUUGCCUUCAGAUGUGAGAGUUUUGUAAUGUAUUUGUUUGUAAUAAAACAAAGGAAAUAUCCGUCUGAGGUUUAUUCUGCAGUGGGAAGUUUGGAUAGAUGUGGCAUCUCCUCUCAGCAUAAAUCUGGACUCCUGGUUCUGGGUUUUCUGCCCCUUGCAUAUAAUUAAGAUUUUAUUUCUUGUUUUUACUGGAAAUAGUUAACUUUUUUAAUGCAAUAAAAAAAAAGACCUUUAAAUCCAGUUACAGUUAAGUCUUAGGAGUUGUUUAAGUUUUUGACCUUUUAACAUUUUAACACAAGUUCACAAACAUCAAAGAAGAAAAAGGAUGAUUGGAGCAAACGAGUUGGUUCUGUUGGAUAUUUUUACAAUAAUCUUGAUAAAUACCUGAAAUAUACAGAAGAACCACUUCUUGUCAGUUACAAUGUUUCCAGUAACUAAAGUCAUUAAAAUGGUUUGUUUGGUUUAUAAUGAAAUCUUUGUACCUCUGAGCACAAACAUGGUUGGUUCCUUCUAAAACAAGCAGCUGGUUUCAAAGACAGAUAAAUAGCACUUAGACAUAUUCGAACAUUCACACGCUUCAGAUAAUAACUUUGGGUUAUGAUUCUUAGAUGACCUGCUGCUAGUGCACGUGUAUAAAAAUACUGUCCAACUUUAAAAAAAAUAAAAACUUGUUCAGGCUUAAGCAAAAA